AUGAAUCCAUUUGUAUCUGAAUCAAGGGCUGAUCAUUCCCUUAGCAGUAAGCCCGGUACUGUUGGUUCUUAUGAUUUCUUCUACUUUGUUCAAACGUGGCCAGCAGCUUACUGUGAUACCAAACGGGGCUGUUGCUAUCCCAAGACAGGAAAACCAGCUCAGGAUUUCGGUAUUCAUGGACUUUGGCCUAAUUCCAACAACGGUUCUUAUCCUCAUGAUUGUGACCCCAAAAACCCUUUUGAUAAGUCUAAGAUAGCUGGCUUGAUCAAAAGAAUGCAAUUGGACUGGCCAACUUUGAGCUGCCCAAGUGGAGAUGGGUUCAAGUUUUGGGGUCAUGAAUGGAACAAACACGGCACUUGCUCCGAGAAUGUCCUAAACCAACAAUCCUACUUCCAGACAACUCUGGACUUCAAGAUCAAAUCCAACAUCCUCCAUCACCUCGCCAAUGCUAAAAUAUAUCCGAAUGACGGGUUCUAUAAAACUGUUGAUGUGGAGGCGGCUAUCGAAAAGGGGCUAGGCGUGGCACCAUAUAUCGACUGUAAUUAUGAUAAGCUUGGAGUCAACCAACUCUAUGAAGUCUAUAUUUGUGUAAACAAAAUUGCAAAAGCCUUCGUUCAAUGCCCUGUCAUGCCAUAUGCCGGACGUUGUGCUACUCGUAUCCAAUUCAAGACAUUUGUUUAA